AUGACAACUUCCUUCAAGCGUAUCCUUAAGAUAUUCGAUCCGGCAUUUAAGAGCAUCAAGACGUACUUGGUGGCGCAUUCUAAGAUUGAGAUUGGCGCAGACGAGACGUGUGACAUCCAAAUAAACUUGCCGUUUCUGGAGGAUCUUCGUCUCACUCUUGAAAUGGACCAGAAUAAGCUUAUUGUGCAUAAACACACUGGUGAGUCAUCCACACAUCGACUACGACCAGAAGAGAUAUUCAGAAUCCAUUCUGUCUACUUCUACUACACGCAGAUGAGCACAGACCGAUUCAAGACAUUUGAUUCUGAUGCCGAAAUGGUUCAAAAAGACAAGGCUAUCAGCAACAUCGUGAAUGGGAUGCCAAAGCAGGCAAAGCGGACGAUGUCGUACAUAAAUGAGGCAGGGAAGCUGGUUACAGUUGACCUGAAGAGCUGUCUCUACCACAAGAAGGACGAAGAAGCCAAUAGCCAUACGAAUGAGACAACCAGCAACAGACAGACGAGUAGCGAGACGAAUAAGGAGAACAGCCUGGUUUCCAGCAAGAAUACCAAGGAGACAGAGGAGGCCAAUGAGCCAGAUCCUGUCAAAAGGAAGAAGAUGAGUGUCAAAAAGAAGUAG